UUGAAUUGUGGGAUUGAAAUCCUGAAACGACAACAAACUAGUCUUUCUUUUACCUCCAAGAAAUACCUGUUUGUUUUUCAUAUUCAUGAGCGUUUCGUUACACCACCUCACCGGAGAGAGAGAAAUGGAAAAUGUGCAUCUGGCUGGGGAGGAGGAGGAUCUAUAUUCGGGUUACAACGACUAUAAUCCAACAUUUGACUCCGAAGAGUUGGAGAAUGAUGUGGGCUUUCAGCAAGCAGUGAGGACAAGUCAUGGAAGAAGACCUCCAAUGACUGCCAAAUUUCCUGGCACUGCCAUCGGCGCUCGGCCUUUAGCUACUUCCUUUGGAGCUCGGAUCCCUUUGGCCUCUUCAAUGGGCCGACCCAUGACUGGAGCCGUGCAGGAUGGAGCAGCUCGACCAAUGACAGCUGUCAGAGCCGCAGGUUACACAUCCUCCUUGACCCGUGGCUCGUCCUUUGACCCUCUGGGACAGUCCAAAGGCCCUGCACCUCCACUCGAGGCGAAGAAUGAGGACACACCUGAGGAGAAGAUCAAGAUCCUGGAGAAGAAAGUGAACGACCUGAUAGAAGAGAGCUGCAUGGCGCAGAGCAUUGGAGCCUUACAGCUGGCCCUUGAAAAAGCCAAAGAGGCCGGAAGGAAGGAGCGAGCGCUGGUGAGACAGAGGGAACAGUCUGGCAAUGCGGAACACAUCAAUUUAGAUCUCACCUACUCAGUUUUGCUCAACCUCGCUAAUCAGUAUGCGAACAAUGAAAUGUACCCGGAGGCUCUAAACAGCUACCAGGUCAUCGUGAAGAACAAGAUGUUCAGUAACGCAGGCCGCCUGAAAGUCAACAUGGCCAACAUCUACGUCAGACAGAAGAGCUACCCUAAAGCCAUCAAGUUCUACCGGAUGGCCCUGGAUCAGAUCUCCAACGCUCACAAGGAAAUGAGGAUCAAGAUCAUGCAGAACAUCGGCGUGGUCUUUGUCCGCAUGGGCCAAUACUCAGACGCCAUAACUUCUUUUGAGCACAUCAUGAGUGAGAGCCCCAACAUCAAGACGGGCUUCAACCUUAUCCUGUGCUACUACGCCAUCGGCGAUAGGGAGAGGAUGAAGAAGGCCUUUCAGAAGCUCAUCUCCGUGCCCCUGGGUAUCGAUGAUGAAGACAAGUACAUCCCAUCUAACGACGACACCGACUCAAGUUUGGUCAUCGAGGCCAUUAAGAACGACAAACUUUGCCAGAUGGAGAGAGAUCUAAAAGUCCUGGCUGAGAAGUACAUCAUGACCUCGGCCAAGCUCAUCGCUCCAGCCAUUGAGACGUCUUUUGCUACCGGAUUUGACUGGUGUGUGGACAUGGUGAAGAGUUCUCAGUAUGUUGAGCUCGCCAACGAUCUAGAAAUAAACAAAGCCAUCACCUACCUCAGACAGAAGGACUUCAACCAGGUUGAGGCAGUGGAGACUCUGAAGACGUUUGAGAAGAAGGACAGCAGAGUGAAGAGUGCUGCAGCCACCAACCUCUCUUUCCUCUACUUCCUGGAGAAGGACUAUGACCAGGCUGACCGAUACGCUGACCUCGCCAUGACCGCUGAUCGCUACAACCCCGCAGCUCUAAUCAACAAAGGCAACACAGUGUUCGUCAAGCGAGACUAUGAGAAGGCUGCGGAGUUCUACAAAGAAGCACUCAGGAAUGAUUCCUCCUGCACCGAGGCCCUCUACAAUCUGGGUCUAACUUAUAAGAAAUUGAAUCGUCUGGACGAGGCUCUGGACUGCUUCCUGAAGCUUCAUGCCAUUCUGAGGAACAGUGCCCAAGUCAUGUACCAGCUGGCCAACCUCUAUGAGCUUCUGGAAGAUCCCCAACAGGCAAUCGAGUGGUUGAUUCAGGUCUUGAGCGUAACUCACACCGACCCCCAGGCACUGGCCAAACUGGGGGAGCUCUUUGAUGGCGAGGGGGACAAGUCCCAGGCUUUCCAGUACUACUCCGAGUCCUUCAGGUACUUCCCCUCCAACAUCGACGUGAUCGAGUGGCUCGGGGCGUACUACAUCGAGACGCAGUUCUGUGAGAAGGCCAUUCAGUACUUUGAAAGAGCCACACUCGUACAACCAACUCAGGUGAAGUGGCAGCUCAUGGUGGCAAGCUGCUACAGGAGAAGUGGAAACUACCAGAAAGCUCUUGAAACGUAUAAAGAUAUUCACCGCAAGUUUCCGGAUGUUGCUAUCAGCGGUGCUGCGGACGUCAGAGGUCGAGUCCAGAGCAACGAGAGCGAGUCUGACGGAGCUGCUGAGCCACAGAUGGGAAAGGACAUCAUUGUGGUUCCUCAGACGAUGGGCCAAGACGUACCUGCUGGUGGACGAGAAGCUCUACGAGCAGAUCAGCAUCCCCCUGAUCACAGCGUUUGGUGUAGACACAGAGGGGGCCCAGUGGAUUGUGGGAUAUCUUCUGGAGAAGGUGAUAAACAACCUGUCCGUGUGGAGCUCAGAGGCCGGGCUGGCCAACGACACCGUGGAGCUGCUGUGGCGCUGGUGGAGAAGAGGGAGAGGGCGAACAUCGUGGUUCAGUGUGAGAGCUGGUGGAACCUGGCCAAGCAGUUUGCCAGCCGCAGCCCGCCGCUCCACCUGCUGUCCAGCUCUGUGCAGAGGUCUCUCAUGAAAGCUCUGGUCCUGGGGGGCUUUGCUCACAUGGACUCUGACGCCAAACAGCAAUACUGGGCUGAGGGUCAAAUCACCCACGACUACGACAAAAUGAUCAAACCUUAG